UCACCUUUAUUCAAUAUAUGAAUAGGCUUGAAAGGUGAUGGCACAUAUACAUGUGAACAUCCUCCAAUAUUACAACAUAAAUUAUGAAAACUAUUUGGAAAUAGUGUAAAAUAUAAGUGAUAGGCAAAGCAAACCCCACCAAACCACAACAUGAACUGUUAAAUACGCUGCUAUUUCAACUACAUAAAAUACACGUAGCUAAAGAAUAGAAACUUGUUUGUAAAAUGAAAAGUAACAAUUAUAUUCAUGCAUUAUAACAGUUACUAUUUUCUCAUGCCAUCUCAAAACUAAAGUACACACUAGCAACAAGUAUCAGAUUUAGUUACAUAAGCAAGGGGCACAAAAAAUAACUGUGUUGAAUGCCCACCUAGAGGUUAUUAUGGUUGUACUCUAGAGAUGACUGUAUCUUUAAAAUUUUAGGAAAAUAUUAUAAAGAUUUAUUCAUCAUUGAUGGAUUAAAAGCAAAAUGUUCAUUUGCUCCCAUUUGUGUGACUCAGACUGUCAUCAUCUCUGAACUCGAGGGCCUCCUUGCUGGUCCGACUGGCUUCUCUCCUCCUCUUCAGUGGCCAUUGCUGCUACUUGCCCCUCAUCUCUAACCUGCGGCCUUGGGAGUCUUUCUGUGCUGAAUACGUAGCAUGUGGGAUUGCUUCUGGGUGCCCCAGGAGCUUAGUGUGGCAUGCUGCCAAGAACUUCAGGGGGUGCAGCCCAUGGUCACCUCACUGUUUCUACCCACGCUAGGAACUCAGUGCAUGGUUCAGAUCAACGAGCAGAUGUACAAAACUAAAUCUGAUGGUCUGUUUCUACCCUACUCGCUUUAAGGCUACAUGUAUGACUUAUCACUAUACAGAAACUGAUUGAGAUCAUGUCUGUUUCAGAUGUAAAUUGGAGUCUGAAAUAAGAUCUUGUCUCAAUGAGGAGAGCAUUGGAAAUGAAUGUUUUUGUGAGCUUAUGGAUUUUGGUUGACUUUGUCAAGACACAAUCCAAGGCUGCCUUUGAAAGACUUCAUCAGGAGCAACGGCACUUAGAAAAAGAACUUGUAGACUGGAGUGUGAAGUUACUAGGUCACUCUUCAGAGGGAAAGUCUAGCUUGCUCAGUGAACAGCCCAUGGAGUUAGAAAUGUUGGACUGCCCAUACCCUGAUCUGAAAUCAUCAAUCCUUAAUGAGUUCUGUAACUUUACAGAGAAAUAUCAAGAGAAACUUGAAGAUUUUGAUCUGCAAUUAGAAGACAUACGCAGUAACUUCCAACUAAGUGAGGAAGAGCAGUGGAUUUACCAGGCUGUCUUAGACCAGUACCCAGGAAAUCUCGUGGGCAGAAGGGCUCUGUACUUGGACAUGUUGCAAAGACAUUUUCCUCACAAGUCCAGGCAUCAUUUGGUAGAACAUGAGAAAUACUAUGACCAGUAUCACUUUACUAGAGAGCAGAGAAGAAUCCUGAUAGACAAUUGGAAUAGAAACAGGAAAGGCUUUAUAGAGAAAGCCAUGCUGACUUUCCUUGAGGCCUGUGAAGCCUAUGAAAUGGAAAGCCUACUGGCCAAGGACAGGAAACGGCAGCAGGAACUCUGUGCUGACCUGAAAGCCAAGGUUUCUCAAUGGCGAGCCCAACAAGAAGAGCUAUCAAGACUGGAAAUGGAAAUUUCAGCCAGAAGAAGAGAAAGGGAAGAGGAGAAAGAGAAAUUGUGGAAAAAGAAGGAAUUGCUCCGAAGGGAGGAGACAGAGAUUAAGAUAAGAAAAUACUGGGCUAAGAAACAAGAGAAGUGGCAAGAAAUGGAAAUGAGAGAUCUCCGGCGUCUGGAAGAACUGAAGAAGUUAAUGGCAGAGCAGUCAGUGAAAGACAAAGAAAGGGUUAAAUAUAGACAAGAGUUGUUGGAGAAGCGUUUGAUGGAGAGAAAAAAAUUGGCCCUUCAAGAAGUCCAGGAAGAAGAAGAGAGAGAGAGGCGUCUGGAAGCCCUACGAAAGCAGGUUGCUGUCACUGUCCAGUCUGAUCCAGUUAGAAUGAUGUCAGAGACACUGGCCUGGAAAGCUAGAACAGGUGCUGAAAGUGAAGAAGAAUUUAUUCUUCAAAAGCCACUCUUCACACUGACUACGUACAAUGAGCAGCAGAUAACGUCUGAUCCUCGGCUUCGAUUUGAGUUAGCACUUCGAGAAGCUGGACUCCAUAAAACACAGUAUGCCAAAGAGAUGCUACCAAAAAUCGGUCCUCAGAGGCCUCCAAGGAAGGACACAGAAUCAACAGUGUUCAAGGUCAUGUGACCCAACACUGUGUGGCUAUGGAUAAUGAUGAUCACUGCUUCUAAACGCUUACAGGACCACCGCACAUGGAGAUCACAGCAUUUAGUAAACAGUGUUCCCUUUUUCUACCUUCAAAGUUUUGUUCACCAUUUGCUUUUAAAUAACAUGUCUUAUCAUCAAAUUUACCAAAAUUAUGAGACUUUGGUAUGUA